UUUGAGUAAGGAAAGGAAGGGGAAAACAGUAAGGUAUAAUAAGAUUGAUAAGGUAGGGGAAAGGCAGUUUUUGAAGGGCUUUGAAAUGCCAGAGUAUUUUAUAUUUGAUACUGGAGGUAAUAGGAAGUCUCCGGUUAUGAUUGAAGAGGGUCGGAGAGACGACAUAGCCAGACUUGCACUUUGAAAGAUGCGUGGAGGAUGGAGAGAAGUAAGGAAAGAUUUGAGGCAGGCAGAACAGACAGCAAGGACAUUGUAAAAGUCUAGGCGUGAGAAGCUGAGGGUAUACUCCAUGAGGGUGGCAAAGUCGAAAGAGAGGAGGAGCUGCGCAGAGAUGUUAAGUUACAAAGGCAGAAAUCACAGGAUUUGGCAAGUGAUUGGCUGGGGGCGCGGGGUGGGUGUAAGAAGUCCAGGAGGACCCGUGGGUUUCGAGCUUGGAGGACUGGGAGGAUGGACGUUAAUGCUUGCGACGUUAAUGGGGACGUUUGGAAGAGAGGGAGGGACAGGAGUGGGAGGAAAAGAUAAGUUCUGCUUUGGAAUUGCUGAAAUUGAGAUGUUCACGGGACACGCAGUUUGAGAGGUCUACAAGGCAUCUGGAGGUCGGGACUGGAUAAACAGAUCCGAGAGUCAUCUACGUGGAGAUAACAGCUGAGAGAGCUACAGCGAUGUCUGUCGAGAGCGAACACAGGAGAGUCUGGGCCGUAACUGGCCCAGGUGCCGGAAAUUUAAGCGUCAGGAGCGGACCGCAGGGACAGCUUCAGCGGUCCAGCAUCUUCAGGGGUCCCCCGGAGGAUGUCUGAAAGUGUCCAGGGAAUCGAAGGGCAGAAGGGGCUUCUUUAUCCCAAUACCAGAACAUUUGACAAGCUGUAUACGUCUCAGCUGGGAGGUGGCCGGAAUGGCCCCACCCCUUCCGGUGCCUCAACCAGUACGACGCUCAUCAUUGGUCGAAAGGACCGGAAGAGGCGGAGCCGCCGGGGAAUUCGAACACCAGGAGGGUCCACCUCGGUGGAAGAGAAGUUGGGUGGGGGGGGCGGUCGCGGCGGCUGGGACGGCGGAGCAGAAACCCUAGGAGAUGGCGGUAGCGGCUGCUGCUGCUGCUGCAGGUGCUACACGUAACCAGCUGAGCAAAGGCAGAACCAGCCGGCGCCCUGCUGCAGCACGAGUUCGUGUGGCUGUGAGACUUAGGCCUUUUGUGGAAGAGGACAGCAGUACCAGUGAGAGCUCUUGUGUCCGGGGCCUAGACAGCUGCUCCUUGGAAAUUGCCAAUGGAAGAAAUAGUCAGGAGACACUCAAAUACCAGUUUGAUGCCUUUUAUGGGGAAACAAGCACUCAGCAGGACAUCUAUGUUGGCUUUGUCCAGCCCAUCCUGCGCCACUUGAUGAAUGGACAGAAUGCCAGUGUGCUUGCCUAUGGUCCAACAGGCGCAGGGAAGACAUAUACAAUGUUAGGCAGCCCAGAGCAGCCUGGAGUUAUCCCUCGUGCCCUCAAAGACCUCUUGCAGCUUACCUGGGAGGAGGGUGCUGAAGGGCGACCCUGGGCCCUUGCUGUCUCCAUGUCCUAUUUGGAAAUCUACCAGGAGAAGGUAUUGGACCUGCUUGCACCAGCUUCAGGGGACUUAGUGAUCAGAGAAGAUCGGUGGGGGAACAUCUUGAUUCCUGGGCUCACCCAAAAACCCAUUGCUUCCUUCACUGAUUUUGAGCAACACUUCCUACCAGCCAGCAGAAACCGGACUGUAGGAGCCACCCGGCUUAACCAGCGUUCCUCUCGAAGUCAUGCUGUGCUUCUGGUCAAAGUGGAACAGCGGGAACGCAUGGCCCCAUUCCGGCAGCGGGAAGGAAAACUCUAUUUGAUUGAUCUGGCUGGUUCAGAGGACAAUCGUCGUACAGGCAAUCAGGGCUUGCGACUGAAGGAGAGUGGAGCCAUCAAUGCCUCCCUCUUUGUGCUGGGCAAGGUGGUAGAUGCAUUGAACCAGGGCCUGCCUCGUGUUCCCUACAGAGACAGCAAGCUUACCCGACUAUUGCAGGACUCUCUCGGAGGUUCAGCCCACAGUGUGCUAAUUGCUAAUAUUGCUCCAGAGAGGCGCUUCUACCUUGAUACAGUCACAUCACUCAACUUUGCCUCCAGGUCCAAAGAAGUGAUCAACCGGCCAUUCACUCAUAAGAGUUUUCAGCCUUCUGGUGAGAGAGUGAAGUUGGCCCAAAAAGAAUUGAUAGACCCUCCAGAAGCGAAGAGGGCCAGAAGCCAGGAAGAAUUGGAAGAUGGGACAAGUAGUCCAGAGCCCCCACCUACUUGUCCGAAACUCAGCCCCCUGAAGCAGCUGAACACUCUAGAACCAGCUGUGCAAGAGCGCCUGCUAAACCUAGACCGAAUUCUGGAUUCCCGGGGGAGCCAAGGAGCUUCAAUUUUAAGCACACCACGAAGAGAGCGAACAGCCUUAGAAAAGGCUUUAAAAGAGAAGGACUCAGAGAUUCAGAGGCUGAAGGAAAAGUAUAAAGAGCUGGAAGCCAACAGACUGAAUCAGAGGCCCAAAGAACUGGAGGAAGAGAAUGAUUCCCCGGCCCCAUCAGGUCCUCUUCCCCUGGGGACCCAAACAGUGCCUAUGACUAAACCUCUGAAUAGAGUUGUACCCUUCAGGCUAAUUCAGGAGCAGGCAACAUCUCAAAGCAAGACCAACAUCCUGCAGAAAGACAGCCGGAAAAGGAAGCCCGAACCGCUCUGCGGGCAGCAGGAGGAGCCGACCGAGGGGCUCCGCACCACCUUGGCGCUGCUGCAGGUGCCUCCGGACCUACUGGCGGAGAGCCGCAAGAAGAUUCUGGGCCUGCUCAACACCGGCUCCGCUAAGGAGCUUCGGAGGCUGCAGCGUAUCGGAGAGAAGAAAGCCCAGCUUAUCGUGGGUUGGCGGGAAUUGCACGGCCCCUUUGCGGAGGUGGAGGACCUGGGGCGAGUGGAAGGCAUCUCCGAGAAGCAGGUGGCCACCUUUCUGAAGGCCAACAUCCUAAGCUUCGCUGCCGAGUGCUUCAGUGCCUUGCCUCGGAGGGAUGCCUGAGCGCCGCCGCCUGUGGACCCGAGCAGCCCCUGCAUUCUGUCCGUGUUUUACGGGAGGGGGAGGGAGGGUUUUGUAAAUAGAGUGUUUUGUCCAGUC